CUUUUCACUCAGAUGGUCCUCAUCCCCGCUGGAGUAUUUACAAUGGGCACCGAUGAUCCUCAGAUCAAGCAGGAUGGAGAAGCCCCUGCCAGGAGAGUCACUAUUGGUGCCUUUUACAUGGAUGCCUAUGAAGUCAGCAACGCUGACUUUGAGAAGUUUGUGAACUCAACUGGCUAUCAGACAGAGGCUGAGAAGUUUGGAGACUCUUUCGUCUUUGAAGGCAUGUUGAGUGAGCAAGUGAAGGCACAAAUCCACCAGGCAGUUGCAGCUGCUCCAUGGUGGUUACCUGUCAAGGGCGCUAACUGGAGACACCCGGAGGGCCCGGACUCCACUAUUCUGCACAGGCCAAACCAUCCGGUUCUGCAUGUCUCCUGGAAUGAUGCUGUUGCCUACUGCACGUGGGCAGGGAAGAGGCUGCCCACAGAGGCAGAGUGGGAGUACAGCUGUAGAGGAGGCCUGCAGAACAGGCUUUUCCCCUGGGGCAACAAACUGCAGCCCAAAGGCCAGCAUUAUGCCAACAUUUGGCAGGGCGAGUUUCCUGUGACCAACACUGGGGAGGAUGGCUUCCAAGGAACUGCACCCGUUGAUGCCUUUCCUCCCAAUGGCUAUGGCUUGUACAACAUAGUGGGGAACGCAUGGGAGUGGACCUCAGACUGGUGGGCGGUUCACCAUUCUGCUGAGGAAACCGUCAACCCAAAAGGCCCCACUUCUGGGAACGAUCGUGUGAAGAAAGGUGGAUCCUAUAUGUGCCAUAAGUCCUAUUGCUAUAGGUAUCGCUGUGCGGCUCGAAGCCAGAACACGCCGGAUAGCUCAGCAUCCAACCUGGGAUUCCGUUGUGCAGCAGACCACCUGCCCACUACAGACUGACAGCCAAGAGGAGCCUUUCCAGAUCCCAGGAGUUGUCUGUAACUUGCAGCUGGCGUCUCCCCGACCUCAGAACUGAUCUUGUGUAACAUAUUCCCACCGGAGGAGAGUUACAUGUCUGCCCAGUGGCCAAAGGAACCGUCAUGUGUGACCAAAUUGCUGACAUGUGUCAGUGCUUGUGCUUUAGUGUGGUGCAUCUUUGGGGAUCAUCGCCAUGUUUUACUUUGAGCGCCUUUAGAAGAGGAAGGAGAGAGCCGAGAACUAUGGAGUCCUGCCCGUCCUCUGCCUCAGUGUUAGACCCUGGGGCCCAGCACUUCAUCUCCCUGGGCCUCUGUCCCCUCAUCAAAUGAGGGAAUGGACAACAUGAUCUCUGAGGCUCUCUCUAACUCGCAGCUUCUAUGUGCACUAGCAGACUGUAUUGUGACUGCAUAGUGAGAAUUUAUGACAGAUUUAUUUUUAGCUAUUUUUUUUGCCAUGUGUGAAUCUUGGGUAAUACUAAUCAUAUAAGGUGAGAGUUAUCUUAUGUAUUAUUGUCUGUAAAGGGCGGGGUUUGUGUCUUUUGUAUUCAUACUGCACUUUGUUCUUUCAAGGAAAUCAGUGUCUUUUACAUUGUUGUGACAAAUCUCAUGUGGGCCAGUGAGGGGACACUCCAGUUCAGAGUUCUGGACACACAGCAAUGUCUGCAGAGUGACUCUUCUGUCAUUUAUCUUUUAACAUUAAGUGCCUUUGGCUCAGAGGGACAGUUUGAAGCCCUGUUUCCCCUUCAACCUCCAAGCCUUCAGAGAAUGUGAACUGUGUACUAAUUAGGGAAACCAUUGAAUGCUAAGUACAGGGGGUAAAGAAUCAGGGCCCUGAAUACGCUGCAUUCAGGGUAUCCAGUCUAUUAUACUGGAGAGAUGGGAAAUCUUGUUGACUUUGAGAUAUCAGAUGCUUUGAAUCAUGCACUAUGUCAAAUAAACUGAUACCU